UGCCGACUAACAUUGUUUCCAAAAAACGUAAAAAUAAUCACGGCAGGAAAACAAAGCUGAUUUCAAUUCCUAAAUUGGCUUGCUAGGCGUAUUGCUGAUGUAUUCGCUCGUACAUUUUGACAAUGAUAACAACUGCACUGAUCUUUUUUGUAGUCGUUACAUGCGUUGACUCGCAGCUCUGUAGACUCAAAGCCCCUUCUAACAUCACUGAAGGAGUGUGGCCUGGCACUGAUGUUUUGCUAAACUGCACAGUAUUUGGUGGAACGGUAGAUCGUUUCUUUUGGAAGAAAGAUGGUCACGUAUUGAGCAACGUGAAGCUUGUUUCUCCUUUCGGGCAAGAUGGCCGCCGUUUGUUAACGUGGGAAGGACUUAAGCUUGACAAUAUCAGUGGUCGAGACGAUGGCGAGUACAGGUGUAUAGUCAGCAAAGAUGGAACAACAGAUGAAGACUGGGUGACAGUUCAUAUUUUCGCCAAGCCACGGAUCACAAGUCCAAAGCAAAUGUAUAUAGAAAGCAAUGUAGGAAACAGCAUUGUGACUACAUGUAGCGCUGAAGGAUGGCCAAAGCCAACUGUAUUCUGGCGAAAAGAGGGGAGUAACAGUGAACUGAGCAAUUCCUUUGUAACUAAUUUUGGCGUGUAUCUUCAUAUCGUGUUUGUACGGAAGGAGGAUAAUGGUUUUUAUCUAUGCUAUGCAAACAACUCUAUAGGUACAGAUAACAGGACACUUCUGCUUCAUGUAUCCAUGCAAGAAAAACCCAGGCCCGCCGUAAAAGUGACUGUGCCUUACGAUCACGUGAUUGCUUAUGUAAGUCAAAGAUUGACUUUGCGAUGUAAAGGUUUGAAUGUUUUGGAUAAGUACACCGUUGUCUACUGGGAACACAAUGGCGAACGUCUUCACGUUGAUGUAGAGUCACGUCGUUUUCCAAAUAUCAACGAGGUGGAUUUCUGGUACACGAUUCAUAGUGUGACAGCUGAACACGCCGGGAACUACACAUGCGCAGUUCAGACUGACCGAGGGAAUGACGCGCAAGUGAUCAAACUGGAAGUGAAAAAGAAUGGUCCACCUAUUGUCUCCACUUUGACACACCACGUUCAAACCAACCUCGGUUGGCCAGCGACUAUUUCCUGUACGUUUAGACAUGUGGACACCUCAAAAGCUCAACUUCUUUGGUUUAAAAACGACACCAAGACGAUUAUCCUUUCGUCUGAACAUCAAAAGAUAAAAACAAGAACGACUAACGAAGGGACGGUGGAAUACUCACUUAUGAUGCGAAACGUUUCCAAACAACAUCUUGGUUGUUAUGGAUGCUAUGUAAACACAUCUUAUGGAUGGAACAGCUCAUUUGUUUGCCUUCACCUCUCUGGAUCAGAAGACUUGAUUUCUAAACUUCAUCAAUCCUACUCACCACCAUCGAAACCAGUCUCAACAGUGUGGUACACAACUCUACCAAUAUUCCUGGUCUGUACUGUAGUUUGCAUGACGGGGUUCAUUAUUGGACUUCUUGUCAGGAGAAAAAAGGCAAAAAAUUCCGAUUAUUGGGUCUCUGAAGACAAUKGUGAAGGCUACCAGUACGAUGUGUUCAUUACGUUCAGCAGCAAAGACUUUCAUUGGGUCAAAUCUGAACUGCUACCUCUCAUUGAGAAACAUAAUCUUAACUACUGCAUUCAUCACAGAGACUUUGAACCAGGAAAGACAAUAGUAGAAAACAUGGCAGAUAGCGUGUACAAAAGCAGGCACAUCCUUGCUGUAUUAUCUAAAAAUUACAUGUCAAGUACUUUCUGCCGUGGAGAGCUGGAUAUUGCACUGGGUAGGAAUACACAAAUGAAGGAUUCUUCUCUGAUUGCUAUAAGAGUCGAUGAGAUUGAGAAGAAAUGUCUUCCCAAAGCUUUACGGAGUCAAAUGUUUCUUGAUUUUUAUAAUCACGAAGAAAAAGAAGCUUUAGAAACUCAGCUGACGAAAGAAUUAGUCAAAAACAUUUAAAGAAUAGAGUAGUUGAAUCGAGGGCAUUAUGUUAUGAUAGCUGCACGCGGGAACUGGAUGUUCCGAGAAACAAAUAGUCGCCCGAGAGACGCAAAUAAUGCCCGAGACGUAAACUUACGUAUUGUUUUYAUCAUUCAAUAUUAACACAAUUUUCUGAAGAAGCGGACCCUAUUUCUGGUAAGGAUCUAAAAAUCCUUACAAUUUGUGAUGUUUAUGAAUGUGAAGUAUAACGUGAAAUACCAAUCCUUCGAGGAAAAAUAACUUUUUUAAAGAAAUUAAAGUGACAUAAUUUCCAAAAAUAUUUGUAGUUUGAUAUAACUUUAAGCUGAGAGAAAUAAAGAGAAACGAAAUUUCAAUGCCCGGAGUUA